AAUGGGUUACCGCGUGAAAAGCAUUUUUCCAAUAAAAAAUUGAAAAAAAAAACAAGACUUUAUGGAAUGGCCGCCCACAGCACGGAAGGAAUCGAGGAAGUAUCCCAAUUAGAAAUAAACCAGGAGCCAGAUCAGCAAGAAACCAAACGGACAGAGGAGAAUGCCAUAAGUAACACCGAGAGCAUCAUAAGCCUGUUUGAUUGCUUCGAAGAUGGAGGAUCAGAGGAUGGCACGAAUCCUUCGGCAAGCCAGAGCGAGGAAACUCAAGCCAGGACAGAAAAUUACAAGAAAAUCCUUCAAGGUCCUCUCCAGGGUCCUGAAGUUGCCAAGCUAGAGGAGAGUAGUAGAGAUCUACGUCACAAUAUAAAAGUACACACCCUCAAAACUAUCGAGUCUUGUACACAUGAAGUGGCUUGUCCGCCUAAUGAAGAAUAUUUUGCUUUGCAACCUCGACACGGUCCACCUCUUAAGGAAUACCCUUUCACAUUAGAUCCAUUUCAAAAUGAAUCUAUUGCAUGUGUUGAUAACAAUCAAUCCGUUUUGGUAUCUGCUCACACCUCUGCUGGAAAAACUGUAAUUGCAGAAUAUGCUAUUGCCAAAGCCUUCAAAAAUCAGCAGAGAAUUAUCUACACUACACCAAUUAAAGCCCUGUCUAACCAAAAAUAUCGUGAAUUUCUGGAACAGUUUGAAGAUGUGGGAUUAGUUACUGGAGAUGUCACUAUAAAUCCUGGGGCUUCAUGUCUUAUCAUGACAACAGAGAUCCUGCGAUGUAUGCUUUACAGAGGCUCUGAAAUAAUGCGUGAAGUAGGUUGGGUAAUAUUUGAUGAAAUCCAUUAUAUGCGUGACUCAGAAAGAGGAGUUGUUUGGGAAGAGUCAAUUAUAUUGUUACCUCACAGAGUGCGGUUUGUAUUUUUAUCCGCUACCAUUCCAAAUGCCAGACAAUUUGCUGAAUGGAUCGCUUACUUGUACAAACAACCAUGCCAUGUAGUUUAUACUGAUUACAGACCUACACCUUUGCAAUAUUAUUUAUUUGCUGCAGGUGCCAAUGGUAUACAUAUGGUCGUAGAUGAUAAGGGUGCUUUCCACGAGGAUAAUUUUAGUGCCGCAAUGGCUACACUACAAAAUGCUCCUGGUGUAAAGGAUAACAAACGAGGACGACAGGGGGGUGCUGUCAAAGACCCUUCUCAGUCUAACAUUUUCAAAGUUGUAAAAAUGAUAAUGGAGAGAGGUUUUGCUCCUGUCAUUGUGUUCAGCUUCAGCAAGAAAGAUUGUGAAUUGUAUGCUAUGCAACUGACAAAGAUGAAUUUUAAUACAGUUGCCGAACAAAAAGCUGUCCGAUUAGUAUUUGAUAAUGCCAUGGAUGUGCUAUCAGAAGAAGACAAAAGAUUGCCUCAAGUACAAAACAUGCUCCCCCUCUUACUCAGAGGUAUUGGAAUUCAUCAUGGUGGAUUAUUGCCUAUAUUAAAAGAGACUAUAGAAAUUCUAUUUGGGGAAGGUUUGAUAAAAGCACUUUUUGCUACAGAAACAUUUGCCAUGGGCUUGAACAUGCCUGCUAGAACUGUGUUGUUCACUGGCAUUAACAAAUUUGAUGGAAACCAAAGAAGACUUAUAUCAUCAGCAGAAUAUAUCCAAAUGUCGGGAAGAGCCGGAAGAAGAGGUUUGGAUGACCAAGGUAUAGUUAUCCUAAUGGUUGAUGAGGCAGUUCCUCCUGCAAGCAUCAAAGAUUUAAUGAAAGGCUCUGCAGAUCCAAUAAAUUCUGCUUUUCAUUUAACCUACAACAUGAUUCUUAAUCUUACAAGAAUCGAGGAAAUGAAUCCUGAAUUUAUGUUGGAAAGAUCGUUUUAUCAAUUCCAGUUUCAGUCUAAUUUUCCAUCUUUACAAGAAGACUACCAAAAAAAGAAAGAUGAAUUUGAUGCUAUCAAGAUAAAUAAUUUGGAUCAGAUAGCGACCUAUUGUAACAUAAGGAAAGAACUUGAUCUCCUAUCAAGGGACUAUAGAGAUUUUAUAAUCAAGCCUGAAUAUUUCAUUCCUUUUAUGCAACCAGGAAGGCUUGUUAAGAUUGUUCAUGAAAAUGUGCACUAUAACUGGGGAUUAGUGGUAAACUUCAAAAAACAGACUUCUACCAAAACCACAACAAUUGAUGGCAAAAGAGUUUCUAAACCUUGUACCACCAUUCAAUUGCAUGUUUUGCUUAAUAUACCUGAAGACAAAAGCUCGACCAAACCCUGUGGAAAUGAUGAGAAAUCCACACCUGAGGUAAUAUCUGUAGACUCCAAAGACGUAACUCACAUAUCUGAAGCUCGUUUGCACUGUCCAGAUGAUGUAAGACCGUUGCCUGUCAGGAAGGCCUUGAUGAGGUCAAUAAAAGAGAUAGAAAGACGAUUUCCGGAGGGCCCACCAAUCUUAGAUCCAGUCGAAUCUAUGGGAAUAAAAGAACCCGAGUUUUUGCUCAUUAUUCAGAAAAUCAAACUGCUGGAAAGCAAAUUGUUCGCUCACCCCCUGCAUAAAACAAAUGUUAUGGAUGCCGAAUAUCAUCAGUACAAAAAGAAAAUGAGUUUGGAAGCGGCUGUAAAUGAAGCGGCUGAAAAAUUAUCUGCUGGCAACUUGAUACAAAAACUUGACGAACUCAAAGCCCGAAAACAAGUUUUGGUGAGGUUGGGCUAUUGUACAGCCGAAGAUGUUAUUAAAAUGAAAGGCAGAGUUGCAUGUGAAUUGAACUGUGGGGAUGAAUUGGUAAUCACGGAAGUAUUAUUUAACGGAGUUUUCAACAAAUUAACUCCCGAGCAAGCAACCGCGUUUCUAAGCUGUUUGGUUUGUGAUGAACGAGCUAAGGAAAAUCCCAAGAUUAAUGAAGAAUUAUGUGGACCUCUGAGAGACUUACAGGAAGCUGCGCGACUCAUAGCAAAAAUUAGUUUAGAGUCGGGCUUACCAAUAGACGAAGACGAAUACGUGAAUCAAUUUCGGCCGCACCUUAUGGAUGUAGUGCUUGCUUGGUGUAAUGGCGCAUCUUUCGCGGAAAUAUGCAAAACAACCGAAAUAUUUGAAGGCUCAAUUGUGAGGUGUAUGAGAAGAUUAGAGGAGUUACUGAGGCAAAUGAUGCAAGCCUCUAAAACUAUUGGUAAUGAUGAACUGGAAACCAAGUUCACUCAAGCUAUAAAAAUUUUGAAAAGGGAUAUUGUUUUCUCUUCUAGUUUGUAUUUAUAAUAGUUAUAAAUGUACUUUAUACUCGAUUUUAGUUUUAGUUAUUUAGUCAUCCUGUUGGCUGCCAUCUUGACAAAUUGCUACAGACGCAAGAUUUUUUUUGUAUGUUUUUUUUUCAAAAUGUGUUAUUUUGGAAGCAAGCUUUUUUAUUUUGGAUUUGAAAAUUUUUAGAAGUUGAAUUUACUUUAUGGCUAAUGUUUGAAUAAACGGAGUUUAUUUUGAA